AUACAUUCACGGCCACUUUCUUUCCCUCUGGAAGUCCUCCAGUCUGCGUAAAGUUUCUGCACAGUAAGGAACGAGGGCACAGCGAAGCAGUAUGAGCGGAUAUGAUGAACACCAGCGUCUUCGGACGAAGGCGGUGCGCUUACUGUCCAAGAAGAACUAUCCUGCGGCGAUCGCACUGCUGUACGAAGGCAGUAUGAAGAUGCUACAGGCGGGGGAGCAAGGUAGUGGCUGUGACUUGGCCAUAUACAUGAUCGACGUCUAUGGACAGGCUGGUGUGGAACUGGAUAAGACAAGCAGAGAUCGCAUCUUCCAGAUCCUCAAGCUGGCAAAGGCCGACUUUUGGCGGAAAAAGCUAACGGAUGCAGCGGUAAAAUGGUCGACCAAGGCAUCUGGUGCCGAUGGCGACCCAGCACUGCGCUACGAGGUUGCAAAGUUACUCUGGAAGGAAGGAUCCUAUUUGCAAGCAGAGCCCCAUUUCCAUGCUUCGAUUCCCGCUCCCUCAGACGACAAUGUCGCGUCCGACUCGACCGAGCUCCAGGAGGCUCCAGCGAAUCUCGGCUCGAUGAUGGUUGAUUGGCUGGAAGUACACGCGACCAAGAGUGUUGAGCUUCGCUCGCACGGAAAGUCGGGAGAGGAUAAGGACGGACCAGACGCUGCAGCUAUCCAGCGGAUCGAAGCGGGUCGCUUUGCACUCAGAGGCCUCUUUCUGCUAUUGAUCGCAGGAAAAGUACCUGCUGCCCACUCUUACCUUAAAAGCUUCAUCUCGAAGCUCGUCGCACACCCCGCAUGCAAGACUCUGCCGCUGCCGAUGGAGCCAAAUCCGCGCACUUUCUCGCCACCAGCAGGCGUGAAUGCUCCUCCCGCCCGGCAAAUUACGCCUUCAGGCGAGCAGAGCGAUUAUGUACAACCGCUGUGGCUCACUGCGAACGCGGACAUCAAUUUCGCACAAAUGUGUCUCGGGCUAGUAGAUUGCGCUUGGAGAGUGAAGGGUGAGGCAAAGGGCUUGAGCCAGUCCGAGCGCGGCGCGGCGCGGGCUCCGGAUGCGCUGCGUAAUGCGUGGAUCGCUCUGGCGCGGCAGUAUGUCAAGCAGGGCGUGGCAGGCAGUGUCGACGACGUGGUAGGAGAGGGCAUCAAUACUCUCUCAGGGCUUUUCUUUGAUCUCCAACCACCAAGAGCCCAAGGCAACAUGCUUGCCGACAUGAUGUCUUCCCUUUUCGGCGGAUCGUCAAGCAGUCCAGCGGCAGCAGCACCGAAAGGCGCCAAAUGGGUCACUUACAAACGCUAUUCAGAGCCAGUCAUCUUGACGGAAGAAGAGGACGAAGAAAGGACUGAAGCGGAAACAGACUCUCUCGCACAACCAAAGGGACAGUCGCAGGCGCAAGGGUCAAAGGGGGCCACGGCGUCUGGAGGAGCGUCAGCGCCUGUCGCGCCACCUGUCGAGGAGGAUCUGGAUUGAGCCGAUUUGGCUUGUAUUAAAAGCUGUUAAUCAAAGACAUGUGGAUCACUU